CUCAACGUUCCCCCUCAGCUUCGAGCCCCCAAACUGAGCGCGGACGGAGAAAGUUUCCCUCUCCUUUCUCCCCUCCGCCUCCCCAGUCCCAGGCAGUCCCGGGGAAACUUUUAAAACUCUUCCACCCCGUAAUGCGCUCGGGCGGCGUCCAUAACGCUGCUCCUUGGUUAGCGUGGAAGUGGCGCUGCGGCUCCUUCUGCACCCCCUCGCGUCGCUGCUCUCCGGCGGGACCCCCUUAGCUUAGCUCCCGAUGCCCUGCUGCGGCUGCCCCGGACCGAAGGUGGUCGCCAUAAGGGAUGAAGAUAAGAGGAAUUUUGAACCCAAGAUUAAAAAGCUGGAACCAGUGCUUUUGCCAGGAGAAAUAGUUGUAAAUGAAGUCAAUUUUGUGAGGAAAUGCAUUGCAACAGACACAAGUCAGUAUGAUCUAUGGGGAAAACUGAUAUGCAGUAAUUUCAAAAUUUCAUUUAUUACAGAUGAUCCAAUGCCAUUUCAGAAAUUUCAUUAUAAAAACCUUCUCCUUGGUGAACAUGAUGUCCCUUUAACCUGUAUUGAGCAGAUUGUAACAGUAAAUGACAACAAACGGAAACAGAAGAUUCUAGGCCCCAACCAGAAACUCAAAUUUAAUCCAACAGAGCUAAUUAUUUAUUGUAAAGAUUUCAGAAUUGUUCGAUUUCGCUUUGAUGAAGCGGGUCCUGAAAGUGCCAAAAAGGUGUGCCUUGCGAUAGCUCAUUAUUCUCAGCCAACAGAUCUCCAGCUACUCUUUGCAUUUGAAUACGUUGGGGAAAAGUACUGCAAUCCGGCUAAAAACAUUAAUGGAACAGACCCUGGAGGGGGAGUAACUGGUGGUAGUAGUCAAAAAACUCCUUUAUUUGAAACUUUCUCUGAUUGGGAUAGAGAAAUCAAGAGGACAGGUGCCUCAGAAUGGAGAGUUUGUUCAAUUAAUGAGGGCUACAUGAUUUCUACUUGCCUUCCAGAAUAUUUUGUAGUCCCAUCUUCUUUGGCAGAUCAAGACUUAAAGCUUUAUUCUCAUUCUUUUAUUGGAAGACGGAUGCCACUAUGGUGCUGGAAUCAUUCUAAUGGUAGUGCUCUUAUAAGAAUGGCCCUCAUAAAAGAUGUAUUGCAACAGAAAAAAAUAGAUCAAAGGAUUUGUAACGCAAUAACAAAAAGUCAUCCACAGAGGAGUGAUGUUUACAAAUCUGAUUUGGAUAAGAAUUUGCCCAGUAUUCAAGAAAUACAAGCUGCAUUUGUAAAACUUAAGCAACUGUGUGUUAAUGAGGCUUUUGAAGAAACAGAUGAGAAAUGGUUGUCCUCACUGGAAAAUACUCGCUGGUUAGAGUAUGUAAGAACAUUCCUAAAGCAUUCUGCUGAACUUGUAUAUGUGCUGGAAAGUAAACAUCUUUCAGUAAUCCUUCGAGAAGAGGAAGGAAGGGACCUGAGUUGUUUUGUAGCUUCUCUCAUUCAAGUAAUGAUGGAUCCUUAUUUUCGGACAAUUACUGGAUUUCAAAGUCUGAUACAGAAAGAAUGGGUCAUGGCAGGUUAUCAAUUCCUCGACAGAUGUAACCACUUGAAGAGAUCUGAGAAAGAGUCUCCCUUAUUCUUGUUAUUUCUGGACUCCAUCUGGCAGCUGUUAGAACAAUAUCCAGCAGCGUUUGAAUUUUCAGAAACUUACUUAACAGUGCUGUAUGACAGUACACGGAUCUCAUUGUUUGGCACUUUUCUUUUCAACUGCCCUCACCAACGAGUAAAACAAAGCACAGAAUUUGCUAUUAGCAAAAAUAUACAACUGGGUGAUGAAAAGGGCUUAAAAUUUCCUUCUGUUUGGGACUGGUCUCUUCAAUUUACUUCAAAGGAUCGUACUCUUUUUAACAACCCCUUGUACAUUGGAAAGAGUGCACCAUGUGUACAAAAUGGGUCAGUGAAAUCAUUUAAGCGGACAAAGAAAAAUUAUAGCUCUACAUUGAGAGGAAUGCCACCUUCCUUUAAGAAUGGAAUCAUUAAUGAUCAAGAUUUACUUCCAAGGAGAAAUUCACUUAUACUAAAAUUGAAGACAGAUCUUCAGCAAACAGAUAGCCAAAGCACUGAUAUGGAACAAUAUUUUAGAGACUGGUUUUCAAAACCUGUUGACCUGCAUGGUGUAAUUCUGCCUCGCCUCUCUGGAAUACACAUAAAACUCUGGAAACUCUGCUACUUCCGUUGGGUUCCAGAGGCCCAGAUUAAUAAUGGUGGCUUCAUUACAGCAUUUCACAGAGUAUCUCUAUUGGCAGAUGAAAUAGAAAUGCUCAGCAGGAGUCUCCGACAAUACAAGAGCAGUCCCACACAAGCUAGCUCUUCAGAACUGGAUCAGAGUAGAAUGUACUUUAAAGCAAAUGGUCUAAAUGAUACAUCUGGGACUCCAGAGUUUCUUUCCUCUUCAUUUCCGUUUUCGCCUAUAGGGAACCUUUGCAGAAGAAGCAUUUUAGGAACACCAUUAAGCAAAUUUUUAAGUGGUGCCAAAAUAUGGUUGUCUACUGAGACACUAGCAAAUGAAGAUUAAAAUGUAUUUUCUCAACAUUUGGGAGAAAAUGGUAGGUCUUUUUCCUCCAAGUUAACACUGCUAACUCUGGCAUCUGAAGCUGUAAUAAUUUUAUAUACAAGAAUAAUAGUUUAAUUUUGCACAAAUAUUUAAAAGCAAACUGAAUCAUGCUUCAAUCGCACAAUUUAAAAAUAGGCAUAAACUUUGGUUUUGAUUUUUCUUUCCCUGAAUUUUAUAGGUCUGGCUUAUUUUCAGGUGAUGUGUAAGCAAAGAUUUUCAUUUUAUUAAUUUAGAGAAUAUGAUUAUGCUAAUCAGAUUAUUAUUUGGUUUUUUGCUGCAUCUCUUUUCCAACCACCAAAUGAGGUUUCUCUGAUUAGCAAUUCAAGGAAGCAAAAGUUAAUAUUAAAAAAAAUUUUAGAUUAACUAUAUAUUGCCAAAAAUAUGUUGAUAAGUGUGGGAACAAAACUUUGAAACUCAGCUUUAGUGUUUCUAUAUUUACAUACAUACUUUAAGUUAGAUCAGCUCUAAUUGAUUUCAAGUAAUGCUUAUAUUAGUGCACUGUGGCCAUAAUUUAUUUUUCAAAUCAUCUUGUUAUAUAGUCUUUAGAACAGGGUUUUUUAAUUUUGUGAGCUUCCCUUUACUACACAGGAACUAACUUUAAAAUGAUAUGCACUGUUAAUCAUAAAAUGUUUGCUCUAGAUAAUAUAAUUAUAGCCUUAGAAGUGCCUUUAAUUGAAAAUGAACUUUUAAGAUAUGUAUACUACACAGUGAAAUGUAAUUUCAUUUUAAAUAGGAUACUCAAAUCCUAAUAUGUUUUGUAAACAUUUUCAUAUCCAGAUUCAUAAACCAAACUGGAAAUCAUCCAAGCCAUUAUUUGGGCCUUCAAAUAGCAUAGAGCAUUAUGCACCAGUAUAUAGAAUGCCUUUGAAAAUUUCAUUUAGAAUGAACCUUUAUUUUAUAAAGAUCUUGACAGAAAGAUUUAGUUUCGGCUUUGUAAAUCAUUGUCACAGAAUGAAGUGCUUCUUUUUCUAUUACGCUAAUUGCUCAUUUUUAUAUUGGGGAAAAUUCAGUAUAUACUGUGAAGAUUCAAAUUUUUUCUCUCUUGAAGGAAUAUCUGCUAUCUUAAGGAAAAGGACAUAUUCCUUUUCCUUAUGGGUCAUUGGCAUUUUGAUAAAUUUAAUUUGAUCAAUUUUUUCCUCCAAGUAAAUGUCUAAUGAGAAACACUCAGAUCACUUAACUAGAUAAGUGUCAACAAAGGACAAACCAGCUGUUGUGUCCAAAGGACAGGAGCAGAAACAUAAGAUCUCAAAUGCUACUGCUAACUUUGAACAAGGAAGAGAGACUUUAUUCUGUCUGCACCUACUUUUGUUAGAAACAUUGAAAGAAAAAGGGACAAAAAUGAAAGAGGAUUAUGGAAAUAGGAACACAGAAGUGCACUUCUUUAUUUUGGGGGGGGUAUAUUUUGUUCCAGCCCCCUAAUUAAACUAUUUUAAUAUGCACAAGUUCAUUGCAAUAGCAUUAAAACCCAGACUUUCUAGUAGUGGCUUAAUACCUUAGCCAAAGAUGUGUUUAAGUUGAAGCUUUGGAUAUAAAAGCUCCUGGAUCCUGAUUUUGAGGAGUUUUUUCUAUACUUAUUCCCUCUCUCCCCAUUUCCUAUUUAAAGGGUUGUAUUCUUAAAAGGUAGCCUGAUUGUUUACAGUUUCUUGAACUGCCAAUUCAUUUGGGAUCUUUAAAAAUUUGACUAAGUACAAUAACUAACUAGUCAGUAUAUUUCACUUUUAAAAAGUGACUACUGCCCAGGAACAAUAAAUUUUUGUAUUUUUUAAAGGUUUUCUAAGAUUGUGUUGUCCCUGUAUAUUUAAUGAGUAGUUGUUUCUAUUUGAUGAAUAAUUUGCCUUUUUAGGAAAAAAAAAAAGCAGAGAUGCUUUUACAACUUGUCUUAAGAAUUGUUGUCUUGUUUAUAAAAGUCUAGCUUGUUGGAUAUAAAAAUAAGGGUUACUUUUAGUUUAUAUUGGAACCUUUUUGUUAUAUAAACAUUUGUAAUAGCUUAUUGGUUGAAAAUCAGUUCUUAGUCCCUUAAAGUGCUAUAGAUUUCCUUCCCAUUUCUUUCAAGCUGUUUUCUCCCCUUUUUUGAAGCUGCUUCAUUAAGAUAGACUGUUAAUAAAUUUAACAUUGGAUUUAGCUCAUUGUCUACAAUUGUCUCCCCUUAUCGAUACCGUUCAUCUCUUUUAGCUUAAAAAAAUUACAAGUUUUAAAAUUAGGUACUAUUAAUAUUGAUUUAUAAAAGUAGAAAAAUCUUUAAGCUUAUUUUCAUAUCAUUUUCUAAUGAAAAUCUGCAUUGGUUGUCAUUGGUCUGUUAUGAUUAUUGUGCCAUAUCAUAUUGUACACAAAAUGAACAACUCCUGAAAUUUUAAAUCCUGGCAAUUAGAGUAGGUGAAACAAAGCUCAUUUAGCUACUGCUAAUGAGAAUUGAUGUAAUUUCAACUACAGUACAUAUACUGUACCAAAGAAUUCUGUAAUAAUGUAGAAUCCCAUAUUAACAUUCUGAUAAACCUCCUUAUUUUUGCAAUAAUUGUGCCAAUGUACUUUUCAGUGAUCUUUCUUAAAUAUGUACAGUGCCUGGUCAUUUAUUCUCAGAUGGAAAUUUAUAUUAAAACCAAAAAUGUUUCUAACCUUUUAUUUAAGUAAAAAAUGACUUGUACUAAGUAAUAGGUGACAACUAUUCCUUAAAUCUUUUAGUUAUAAUAGCUGCUUAUAGCAGUAAAUUCAGUUUUGUAAAAAUUGACAUUUAGUGAAAUCUGAAACCUUUGUGCCUAACAAUGACUGUUACUUGAGUUAAGUAGAAUUUUGGAGGAAUAUUAAGAAAUCUUGUCAGUAAGUGGUGAUGAAUGUGAAGGAGAUCUUGAUUGUUAAAUAAAGUUUUUAUCUUUC